AUGACGCUCCCUCCGACAGUCCAUAUCUCCUCGCAUCCCUGCCUACAGGCGAAGCUGUCCCAGCUGCGCUCGCAGAGUACUACCCCGCGCGAGACCCGCGCGCUGGUCCAGGAGAUCACCUCCAUCCUGGGCGUGGAGGCCUUUGCGAGCGGCCUAGCGCUCAAGAAGACAGGAACGGACCGCACUCCGCUCGGAAUCGAGUACGAAACGCAGGGCAUCGACCCCGCGGACCUGGCUCUGGUCCCGAUUCUCCGCUCGGGAUUGGGGAUGGUAGAUUCUCUAAACGACCUUCUCCCCACCCCCGUCCCCAUCUACCACCUCGGCCUCUUCCGUGAAAAGGCCACCCUCACCCCCGUGGAAUACUACAACAACCUCCCCUUCCACAGGGAACAGCUCUCCCCCGCCUCCCCCGCUUCCCUAGAUAUGAAGACCAAUACCGCCGCCGCCACGCUCGCCGUCCUGCUGGACCCGAUCAUCGCGACGGGUGGUACUGCCGAGGCUGCGAUUCACCUGCUUCGCGAGUGGGGUGUGCAGAAGGUGAUCAUGUUGAGUGUCCUGGGUUCUGAGAGUGGUGUCAAGAGAGCGGUGGACGCGUGGGAUCAGGUGGAGGUGUGGGUUGGUGCGGUUGAUCGGGAGUGCAAUGAUAGUGGAAUGAUUGUGCCGGGCGUGGGUGAUAUUGGGGAUCGAUUGUUUGUUGCCAUAGGGAAAUAG